AUGGCCCAGCUGCAGCAGCUGCUGGCAGCCGGGGCCAAGGCGGAUAGAGCUGACUACGAUGGUCGCACCCCUCUGCUGCAGCAGCUGCUGGCCGCUGGGGCCAAGGUGGAUAGAGCUCACUACGACGGCCGCACACGCCUGCGCCCCUUCCCCCCCUCCCUCCCUCCCUCCUUCCCUCCCUCCCUCCCUCCCUCCCUCCCUCCCUCCCUCCCUCCCUCCCUCCCUCCCUCCCUCCCUCCCUCGCUCCCUCCCUCCCUCUCUCCCUCCCUCCCUCCUCCCUCCCUCCCUCCCUCCCUCCCUCCCUCCCUCCCUCCCUCCCUCCCUCCCUCCCUCCCUCCCUCCCUCCCUCCCUCCCUCCCUCCCUCCCUCCCUCCCUCCCUCCCUCCCUCCCUCCCUCCCUCCCUCCCUCCCUCCCUCCCUCCCUCCCUCCGUUCCUUCCUGCGGCCUUCCCCUCCCUCCCCACCUCCCCCCCUUCCAUCACAGCACCUGGCAGCAGCGGGGGGGCACAACGACCUGCACCUGGCGGCAGCGGGGGGACACAACGACCUGGUGCGGCUGCUGCUGCUGGAGGGCGCGCAGGUGAGCGCGGUGGACAACUUCGGCACCACGCCGCUGCUGGAGGCACUCAGAGCGGGCCACGAUGAGACCGCCGCCAUUCUGGCCAGCAAGGGAGGCACGGUGGGGCUGCAGGUGCGUGCUUGGGCUGUCAGACGCAGACAGGUGACCUCGCUACACGUGGGGCUGCAGGUGCGUGCUUGGGUGGAUAUCCAGUUGAGCUCUUGCUUUGGUUCUGCUCAUGUCGUGAAGCAAGCUUGGUGCCACGCUUCUGCUGGAUAUGCCGUGAUGAGGUGA